CGCGGCGGCGAGUGGCACGGCAUGGAGGCGAGCGCGGGCGGCGCGGCGGCGGCGGAGCCGGCGCACGCCGUGUCGCUGCUGCGGGGGCUGAGCGCGCUGCGCGCGGAGCGGAGCCUCCUGGACGUGACGGUGGUGGCGGGCGGGCGGGAGUUCGGGGCGCACCGCGCCGUCCUGGCCGCCGCCUCCGGCUACUUCCGCGCCAUGUUCGGCGGGGCGCUGCGGGAGGCGCGGGCCGAGCGCGUGCGGCUGCACGGCGUGGAGCCCGAGUGCCUGGCGCGCCUCCUCGACUUCGCCUACACCGGCCGCGUCGGCGGGCUGGGCCCUGACAUCGCCGAGCGCCUCCUGCGUGCCGCCGACCUCCUCCAGUUCCCGGCCGUCAAGGAGGCCUGCGGCGCCUGGCUGGCGCGCCAGCUGGAGCCCGCCAACGCGCUGGACAUGCAGGACUUCGCUGAGGCCUUUGCCUGCCCGGCGCUGGCAGCCGCCGCGCACCGCUUCGUGCUGCGGCACGUGGGCGAGCUGGGCGCCCAGCUGGAGCGCCUCCCGCUCCCCCGCCUCCUCUCCUACCUGCGCGACGAUGGGCUCUGCAUCCCCAAGGAGGAGGCCGCCUUCCAGCUGGCGCUGCGCUGGGUGCGCGCCGACCCCGCCACCCGAGCCCCGCUGCUGCCCCAGCUCCUGGCCCACGUCCGCCUGCCCUUCGUGCGGCGCUUCUACCUGCUCGCCCACGUGGAGGGCGAGCCGCUGGUGGCCCGCUGCCCGCCCUGCCUGCGCCUGCUCCGCGAGGCCCGUGACUUCCAGGCCGCCCGCCUCGACCGCCACGACCGCGGGCCCUGCGCCCGCAUGCGCCCCCGGCCCUCCACCGGCCUCGCCGAGAUCCUCGUCCUCGUGGGCGGCUGCGACCGCGACUGCGACGAGCUCGUCACCGUCGACUGCUACAACCCGCGCACCGGCCACUGGCGCUACCUGGCUGAGUUCCCUGAGCACCUGGGUGGGGGCUACAGCGUCGCCGCGCUGGGCAACGACAUCUACGUGACCGGAGGAUCGGAUGGAUCACGGCUGUAUGACUGUGUCUGGAGAUACAAUUCCAGUGUGAAUGAGUGGACAGAAGUGUCUCCGAUGCUGAAAGCAAGAGAAUACCACAGCUCUACCGUCCUGGACGGACUGCUGUACGUUAUUGCCUCUGACAGCACAGAGCGCUAUGACCACUCCGUGGAUAGCUGGGAGGCUCUGCAGCCCAUGCUGUACCCGAUGGACAACUGCUCCACCACCUCGUGCCGCGGAAAGCUGUUUGCUAUAGGCUCUCUGGCUGGCAAAGAGUCCAUGGUUAUGCAGUGCUACGAUCCCGACAGCGAUCUCUGGUCCCUCGUGAACUGCGGUCACCUGCCUCCUUGGUCAUUCGCACCGAAGACUGUAACUCUUAAUGGGCUCAUGUACUUCAUAAGAGAUGACUCCGCUGAGGUGGAUGUUUACAACCCAGUGAAGAACGAAUGGGAUAAAAUCCCUGCCAUGCUUCAGGUUCAUGUUGGGGGGAGCGUGGCUGUGCUAGGCGGGAAGCUCUACGUCUCCGGUGGCUACGACAACACGUUUGAACUUUCGGACGUGCUGGAAGCUUAUGACCCGGAAACGCGAACGUGGAGCGUAGUGGGCCGCCUUCCCGAGCCCAUCUUCUGGCAUGGCAGCGUCAGCAUAUUCCGACAGUUCAUGCCAGAAACCACCCUGGAGGAUGACAGCAUCACGCUGGACAACACCAUCAACCUGAACAGGCAGCGUCAGAACCUUCAUAACCAGAACCUUAAUGAGCUACGUUAACAGGGGGAUGUGCUGUCUCUGGCUUGACGCGAGCUCGUUAUACAGAACCAGUGUUGCUUUGGGAGGAGGCAGAGGUAACUGGUGCUUGGAGACAAAAACAUGCUGAGCAGUGGAGAGGGAGUAAAAACUCUGAAUGAUUAAAAUGCUGUCGUAGAAAAGUAGUUGGCAGAAAGUGAGAGGCCUCUGGGUGCAGUGUUCCUCAGCCCUUUUCUGUGGAGGGAGGAGGUGCAGCGCGAUUCACGGAGAAGAUCUGAGAGGUGAAUUCUGAAGAAAACAAUCACGUUAAACAUCACUGAAGAUCACUUGCGGUUACAGCUUUCGGUCAGACACCUUUCACUAGAAACUCCUUCACCCUGCAGCACUUCAUGUCUGCUGCCAAAUUCCUUUCUUCACAGUUUCUUCCCGCGGAGAAAAAAAGGAAAAACAGAAGACGACAGGCAGGACCAAACCCCGAUGGCUGGAGCCUGCUGCAGCAGGAAGGGUUUGUCUGGUAGGACUAGAGCCUGGACCCACCGCUUUCUGCUCAGUGCCUCAGAGGAAGACAGACCUCCUGUGCCCGUUUUCUUCUGUGUAGCUUGAGGGGAAAAUACCUUCCCGUGAGAAGAUAAAGGUCUGUUGCUGAUGAGAGGUUAAUACAAGAAUAUAGCCCUGCCUAUCACGUCACCAUAGUGUUUGGUUCCUGUUCAUGCUUUCAAACAGAACAUGCAUGUGCUUUUCCUGCUGUGUAGCCAGGAUCUUGCUGAGGCUGCGUUAAGAAGCGUCUCACUUCCUGUUGUCUGACCUUGAAUUCUUCGGGUACUUUAAGUUGCAGCAUUUUAAGUUUUUGUGGGUAUUUGUUGCCUUACUUUCUAGGAGAGCGACUUUUUUAUUAUUUAAGAAACACCCUCACUUAUCUUUUAAUCACAUUGUCACAAGUAGAUUGUUUUCGGUUUGGAUCACCCAAACUGCACUUUUCUUUAAGGGGGAGCGAGAAGGGGGAAAGCAAAUAGCCCUCUUAGCCGGACUGCAGAGUGACUUCUGGGGGCUGGUGGCGUGUGCCAGGGUCCCUCGGCCUUUCUCCUUGUGGCUUUUCAAAGCUUUUGUUUAUAUCGGGCUGCUCAGCUGCUGAGGAACUUGGCAGAAAAUUCCCUUGUGGCAUGUUCUUGUGACUAAGGCUGUUUGAGUCUUGUGUAUCAAGCUCUUGGCACAUGCAUUGGGUUAGGCAGAUAGGUCCUGUGUAGUAAGAGCAUGUUUUUCUUUCUUUGCCUUUUUAAAAGAACUUUCAGAAUUAAAAUGUUUUAGAAAUUACCUGGAAAGCAAUAGGAAAGAAAUGCACAGGUUCCUUGGGAAGUUCAGCACAGACUUACAGGACAAAUGCUGGUGAUAAUUUAGACACCUUGAUGAAAAGAAUUGCUUUAGAGGGAUUAGCUCACGUGAAGGAACCUGCUGAACAUCUGGAGAGUUCUCACGCUUGUCUUGUUCUUCAGUUUGCAGAAGCGCUUGGAAUUUGAGCAGUUGGAAAAUGCUACUGAGGUGAUUCAGCUAAGGGGUAGGAGUUUACAAGAGUGUUAGCAGAUUAAAAGAUAGUUAUUUUAGGUUUUCCUUGGCAGAGGGAGGGGUGCCGUGUAAGGUUUGCUUUUAUUCUUGCGCAAGUAACGUAGCUUGAGUAUUUCCUCUGUUAAUCUGAGGCAAGUGUGUUUUAGUUGAAAAGAAACUUCUUGCAAUUUACUUGUGGAAUGUCUCUUGAACUAGAAAUGGUUAAAAUUGCAGUAUGGCUCAUAUGAAAACUGGUAUUACACUUUCAGAAAAAAAUGGAAGAUGUAAUAAUAGGUGAGAAGGUAGCUAGUUUUGUGCCUUUUUUUUUUUUUUUCCCUCGGUAGAAGAAAAUUAUGACCUUAACCCUAAUUCAGAAAUGAGAAGCCCAGAUGCUUGAUGGCGUACCCUCUAGCUUGCCACUGAACAGUACAGUCAUAACCUUAUCUCCAUAACAAGCAACAUGUUCACUGCUUAAAAAAAAAAAAUUGCCUUGAAAAUUUGUUUUAUGCUAAGCUACUUAGCAGCGAAACUUGAGAAACUUAUUUGUGAAAUCUGGGCUAUUCUUAAAGUCUAAAACUUUGACAGUGCCUUGAAACUGUUACGUGCUGGUAGACUUCAGCCUGCCAAGGACCCAAGAGGAGACAGGCACAAUAAAGGUAUCACUUUCUAGAUACAGCAGUCUCUAAUUGCUAUUUCCGUUUCGAACUCUGUCCCCGAGGCGGAGAAGUGCUGUGCCAGCUGCUGCAGGAGCUUUGUCCCCUGCCUGAGCAGGAGGCGCUGAGGGUAAGAGCUGGGAUGCAGCGGCCGGGCAGCCCCCUUUGAUGGAGCACUGAGCGGGGCCUCGCACGAGCCACGCUGUCCUCCCGGAGCCUGGGCUUUGUCGUGCUUGGGGGAGGAAUAGCAGUGUGCUGCUAAGCAUAGUGACACUCGAGUGCUCAAGUCCGUUCAAACGACGGAGCUCUGCUGCCUGUGUGUGUUGUACAGCUGAAUUUGCGUAGUAGACUAAAGUAUUUAUGCUGAACUAUUAAUAGUCCGUAUACUAUGUCUCAUACUGUAGUGCUCACUGGUGGACUCGUCAUCCUGAAUUCCCUGAACCAGCUGAAUAAUUCUGGAUUUGUAUUUAUUUUUUGUAAAUUCAUUGUGUCCAAAUCUUUAAGUACUGUUAAAAUACCAUCCUUUGAAGCAAAGGCAUUUUACAUUUAUAGAUGAUGUAUUUUUAUUCUCAUAGUUUGUUUUUAAAUUUACUUGAAACAGUCAAGUUAAAUAAAACAUAUUACAUAAAUA